CUUGCUUGUCCCUGCAAAACAGUCUGCCGCGGAACAUCAUACCGUUGACGUCUCCCAGGCUGCAGUGUUCCAGCUACGAGACGUCGCCCCCUAUUUUCUCAUCGCCAGUGACGAUGUCGUUGGAUCCGCCUACCUAUCUUAGUUCUCUGCAGAACAACAUCCGUGCCCGGCCUAUACCCUGGGAGGGCGCUGUUCGAGCGGGAAAUAUCACCGAGGACCAGCUCAAGCGCAUUAAGGUUGUCGACAAGGUGCGCAAGGAAGUGCGGCAGAAAACUGUGGGGAAUGAUUUGAAAACCUAUGCAACGCUGCUUGUCGGCGGAAGCGGCGGAAAGAGUAUAUUGGAGUCCGCAUCACGGCGGACGGAUAUAGUCCAGUACAUCUUGGUUCUUGCGGCGGACCUGAUCAAUGAUGCCCCCGCUCUCGCCUCGCUUCUGAUUCAGGAGCCAGAGCGUUACCGACACUACCUUCCUCUCCUCCAACAUUCCUCGAACCCAGAGGACCCGAUACCUCUCCUCGCCUCAGCUUUCUUGACUAGCCUUGUUUCGACAUCGCUGGUAUCGAAUAAAAAGCCCACAGUGCCCGAUUCAGAGGCCCUUCCUCGACUCUAUUCGUACCUCUCGACUUUGACCGUGAGCCAAGAUACGGGCUUACAAGACAUUGGUGUCCAGCAGUAUUCUGCAUUGUUGAGAACCAAACGAUCCAGAGAAAUAUUUUGGAGCCAGAGGGCUACGACAAUCGAUCCGUUAAUGGAUAUUCUCCGCGCUGCUGCGGGUUUAAAGGACAACAAUGACUCAAGCACCAUAGUCGGAUCAUCAACUAUUCGCAGCCUUGAAUCAGGUAUCGGUGGAGGAGUAGGCUUACAACUUCUAUAUCACGUCCUCCUUGUGAUUUGGCAGUUAAGCUUCGAAGGAAGCUUGAUUGGCCAGGAACUCGAAUCAGAACAAGAAAUUAUUGCUCUAUGCACCCACCUACUCCGUCUUUCACCCAAGGAAAAAACCACGCGCCUCCUCCUGUCAACACUCUACAAUCUCCUCUCCACCAACCGUGCCAGCCUUCUCCCAGUGGCCGUAUUCCUUCGUCUUCCAGCCCUCCUCAGCAAUCUCAGUGGCCGCCAUCUCUCCGAUCCAGAUUUACUGGACGACCUCAACGCUCUCUCAGACAUGCUGGAAGACUACACCAAAACACAAACCACGUUCGACCAAUACACGGCGGAGGUGCAGACAGGCCAUCUGCGCUGGUCCCCGCCCCACCGCAAUGUGACCUUCUGGCGAGACAAUGCCCGCCGCAUCCUCGACGAAGACCGCGGCCAGAUCCCCAAGAAGUUGGCGGAGAUCAUGUCAAAGGAUUGGGAGACGGACAAGCAGGUUCUGGCGAUUGCGUGUAAUGAUAUCGGGUGUCUGGUAAAGGAGGUGCCGGAGAGACGGCAGCAGUUGGAAAAGCUGGGGCUUAAGGCGAGAGUGAUGGAGUUGAUGGCUGAUCCGGAUGAGACGGUUCGGUGGGAGAGUUUGAGGGCGGUGGGGGAGUGGCUGAGGUAUACAUUUGAAAAAUAG